AACAUGGCUACGCUGUGGAGGUUUCCGUUAGUAUAGUAUUUUUUUUAUUUUCCUUCCAAAUUCAAAGACUUUCGAAUCAAUUUCCGAGAAAGAAGGACAAGAGCUAAUGUCAAGUCGGCAUGCUCAUUGAUCAAGACUAAUUCUGCGUCAACCAGCGAAGCGCUUGGAAAGAGAGGGACUAUUGUGCUUUAUGCUUUUAAAAAAGUCUGCACAUUCAUUAAAUCAGAUUAACUAAAGAACAGUCAACUUUGGGGGAAGAUAGAUGGCGAGAGAAUGCCACGUUGUACGGUGGACCGUUGUAACACGCGUAGCAUAAUGCUGAAAACAUAUACUAGCCAAAAAGGGCGAUAUAGAAUGGUUAAUUUAUAUAUCCCGAUCGCCAUUUUCGUUUUUUUCUCACUUUUGUACUUUUAAAUCGCCGCCACCUGUAAAUGGAGAUUAUGGACCUCGGUUUAUACAAUAAUACUAAGUAGUUAAUUUAUUUAAAGGUGCGUAUCACACACACACGCGCACACGGUUCUGUACUGCAGAUUGCAUAUAGAAAGCAAUGGGCUGCAAUAGAUUUCAAUUUUCGUAUCAGUUUUAGUAUGUGUUCGGAUGCUAGAAGAACAUAAUUGUACAAAUGUUUGAUUCACAGGACUGCAAUACACCCGUCCUCGCUGAUGCUUAUUUUUUUAUAUCUUUUCGAAUUCAGUUCUGGCGGAAUCGCUUCUUUGUGUCCCAUUCGGUAUAUGAAAGAAUCUGUCACUGCCUUCUCUUGAAGUUUUUGGUCAAGUUGCAAUAUUUUACGAUACGUACUCUGUGUUUGUAUGCGUCUUUAGCUAAAUAGUCAGAGGAAUGAUUUAGUGUCGGGCUUUUUAAUAAUAAACGGUAGCUCCUUUCAGUUUUAAACAUUCUGGUCCGUGUUAGAAGCAACAUGCAAGUGCAGUAGGUUUUUGGUGGCAAUUCACAUUUUUCAAAAGGGAUUCAUAUUUUAUAAUUCAAAUAAACCAUGAGAGGAGGGGGGCUCACUAAAUGGAAACAGAAAAUUAUAAACCAACAAUCCUCAGGGAAAAGAAGAUGCGUCAAAAAAAGUAAUACAAAUACAAAUAAUCUCUCAAUAAAACCUCUCUCAAAUGCAGAAGUUCACAUAUUUGUAAAAUAAUCACAAUUAUUAGAGCCAACACGAAAAAAACCACAAGACGAGACCAAAAUAAGUAGAUGUUGAGCCUGUGGAGUUGGGAUGUUGUGAUCCUGCUCUCGAUGCUUAUAGGCACGAAGAAGAGACACAGCACCGGAACCGAUAGAGAAGCUCGAUAAAUGAUUCAGUGUAGCGUAAACAAGGGCAAGUUAACAUUUUUUGAUAACUUUUCUUACACAUGACACACCGAACAGUAACCGAAAAGAAGAGAAAAAUCGUACACACAAACCUCCUUAGCACCAGUACGAUCACGAUCCAACACAAAUUGAAACGAUAACACAUUGCGUAUCACUCGGAGAUGUGAAGAAAGGUGCUGUUGAUGGGGCGUUGAACGGUUUAUAGCAAGAAGAGCUAAUUACCACAGUUGCCUUACUGAUGUCUUGAUCUAAAGCGGAGUAAGAAUACUGAACCCAUUUGAUUGGAUUGAUUCAUUUUCAGUUUAGCAAACAAAACCACAAAACGUGCAGCGGGAAAUAGGAUGGGUGGACUAACAGCAAAUGCCGAAUGAUCUCAAUAAGAUUCGCGUUAAGAAAAAACGGGGAAUCGCAACAGCGACCGAUGGCUGUUCCCUUCUUUGGCGUCUCUCCUUCAAAUUCAUUUGGAAGCGUAUAUGAGAGUGUUAUAGAAAGAGAGGGAAGGAACCAAAGCAGGGAUCCGCACAUCUCGUUGUCCUGUGGCCACCCCCAAACACCGGUUACCCAACAAGUCUUUCAUGUAUAGUUUCAUGCUUUCCGUUAACUAACGUUUGGAAAACGAAGGAAAAAUUCUUAACUCUUAAUGUCUAUUAUAGUGAGACUAUCGCCAGGGGAAGAAUGAGCUCGUAAGCUGAUGAUGGGAUGUAAAGGGAGUGUUUGGUGCCCCUCAUCUUCCUUUUUGAUAAGGUUAUCCUUAGUUUCGCAACAAACAAAAACGGAAAAUGAAAAUCGCCCUACUAUAGUUACAAAUCGUUUUGGUGCUUCGAAUAGCGAGUAAGUUCUGUCGUCGUCCCGUGCGUGUGUGGUGUGUUGUGUAGAUUGAGGGUUAAUUAAGUCUAAACUAAGGAACGCGAAGGGUCGGAGUGACGAAAAUACUUUCAUAAAGCAAAGGAUAGAAUUGUACAUUUUUGCCAAAAAGUAAAAAAUCAAGCAAAUGAAAACUCAUAAGAGAGAUAAAGAGCUAGAUCUAUUUUGUAAGCUGCACGGGUAGUACGUGCUCUCAAAACAUCAAAGGGGCGGCCGGAAGAAGAUCAACAGUAAUCAUACAACCUGUCUCGGAAAGCGAUCGUUUGAAUGUAUCUCAUUCGGCAUCGCGAAGGUAUUUUUGUCUCGGUCGACGGUUGGUUCCGAUAAUCGGAUAAUAGGAGAGCGUAAUGUAGCGAAGCAGUUGGCUACAUGAUAGAGGAUGCAUUCUUUUACUUUCAGUCAUCCUUUCGGUAAUAGAUGACCCCAGGAAGCAGCCAUCCGGCUGUCUAUCGUUGCUGGGAUCACAGGCGCCUUAUUACGAUCGUUGAUACUUUCCACUUUCUUUCUAUUCUCUCUAACCCUGCUCUAAUCCGUUCUCCGGACGAAUGGAGCACAUUGCGAUUGCGAGGCACACACGCAAUAUAAGAAGGAUGGAAAAUGUCUAAACCCUCUUCCCUGCAAAGCUGAAUUUUCCAGUACAUCUCAUACAGCUAGUCUCGAGUCGUGACGAUGAUAGCUGUUUCGUGAAGGAUGGAUGGAUGAAUGGAUGGAUGAAAGUCGUCGCUGUCUCGAUACCAUUCAUCAAAUUGUCUCAUUUCUCUGUUCGUUACAUUUUUUAUUUUCACCCAAGUAGGGGUGUAAUUUGGGUGGAAUUUUUGAAAACACAAUCCUUGAUCCACAGUUUUCCACUUUAUUUUUUUUCAAAGUGGUACCAUUAAUGGUAACGCAGGUACAGGCAGGCAAAGCAGAGGAUCAACGGAGAGAGUGUUAUGUUUCUUUCGGCAUAUUUCAUCAAUAUUUCACCAAUCAUCAUCAACACUAAACACAAACCAAAACGAAUCAAAAUUUAACUCCUCCUACACCUGCUUAAUCUUCAUCAUACAGUUUUACUUUAUACAAUUACGCUUUCUCUGGAAAGAGUCAUUGGAUUGACGCGUCUUGUUGUCCGUCCAUAGAAUGAUCUGGCCAUCUGGAUAUGUGUGAUCUGCUAAACUCUCGAUGUUGGUUGGCGGUAGUUUAGUUCCACCGAUCAUAACGAAUCCUGUUUUGAGUAUGAUCAAACAGAAGAACCCAGAAGUGACUUGGGCUGGUCUUAUCAGUUGAGAUUUGAGUUGGUUUUAAUCUUCAGACGGCAGUUGUCAACCCGGUGAUGGCACUUAGUCGCUCGAUGUGAAUAUAUAAAAUUACGAAUAUGGAAUCACGAAGUGGUGGUUAAGCAGAGCAUUGUAUUGUAUGCGUUACAGAAUAUGCAAAAAACGAAACAAAAAAUCGUAUAUUGGAAAACGCAAAGCGAGAAGAACCAGUUGAUCACUGCCAGCCUUCGUUACCGCGGCACGCGAACUAAUGCCCUUCCAUGAUGCAGGUUAGGCCUGGAAGGAAGGAGCGCGUACGGUCUACAAAGGGCACUAGUUCCCGUGCGUACGGUCAAGAAGCAAUCAAUUGUAAAUGAAUGAAGAGUGAAGAAAUGCGGCGAAAUGGGUGAAAGCUGUGUACAGAAGCCAGGUUAUUACAAAGUACUUCGUAUUAUCUCCUUUUUCUAAUUAAUUAUCCCGAAAGUGGAAGAAUGUAUGAGUACGCGAGCGUGUUUGUAUGCGUGGUUGUAUGUGUGAUUAAUGGUGUGUGCUUCGCCACACAGGGGCUUAGAUGGUAAUGAAUGUAAGACAGGAGAAGCUUGGGUCACACACAGGUGGUGAUCGACGAAGGAGCAAAGUGGAAGAAGGUAGAGCAAAUUUAGCGAAUGUAAGCUCGUGUGUGUGCAAGAGUACGUUGAAACGAAAGACUCUUCAUAGAAUUGUAUAAAGUAAAACAAUUUAAUUCGACAAACAACUUCUUAUUCGUAACAAAAAGCAAACAUUAUUAGAACCCAUAUCAUAAGAGAGACACUUCGAUCGGAUUUGGAUCGUUGGUUGGCCCGCGUAGAACGGCAAUAAUUGGAAAAUACACAAUUCAUACAAUCAUCUGAAAACCGAAGCCAUUACUCGCCUUUCCUUUUUUCGUUUGACACACUAUUUUCGCUUUACAACAAACCUUUCCUGGUUCUAAGUAGCACCACGAUAUUGGAGGAGCCUCCUUGGCAGUAGUUGAUGUUCGUAAGCGGGCGUGUCCUUGAAUCAAGGAUAGUUCAUAGUAGUCUCCGACAACACGAAGCAAAUGCCGCAUCCGCAUAUGCACUAUUGGUAACGAACGCGAAUGCUCAGGUAUCUGGUGUUUCUUGGACCAAACAGACUAUUUAUAGGUUAUUUGAUGUGCUGUGGUAAAAAACAAAUAUUAUCUUUUCAUUUGAAAUAUCAUCUGAAGCGGAGACACGUCUUUUUGGGUUUUAUGCUCUAUUAGCCUAGCAUUCAGGAUGUAAAACGUAACAAUUGAAAAUACCUCAGAUUGAGAAGCGUACAGGGCAAACCGUAUGAGAUACAGUAGUCACGAAUGGUAUAUCUAAUCAGAUAUAGGGUUGGGCAUUAACUGGAAUGGGAAAAGCUAUUCCUUUUUCUGCUGCCGCCGUCCACUGACGCAAUGGUAUGGCUGGUGCACCUCCAAGAAAAAACCAAUUUCGAACAUUCCACCGAACUCAAAUGCGAUGAAUGUUAGCAGCAACACAUGAUCAGUAAUCAAUGCGAGGAAGAAGCAGAUGUGCGCCCAAAUUUCACAAAGAAACCAAAGUCAGCGUACAAUGGAACUCAAAAGCCUUCAGGUGAAAGGAUAGUUCUUGAAAGAUGAAGAUGUUCGAACCAACAGCAGCAGACUCUCUUGACAGUGAGGUAUAUGGUUCUUACACAUUCUUGCAAAAAUCAUAAAAUUACAAGCGAAUAGGCUCGACCGAUUUUCAAAUUUACGGGAAGGUAAACGAAAGAAACAAGCAAACCUCAUGAAAAACUUAUUACCGCCUAGUGUGCGAGCAGUGCUCCGGUAGGGUUUAUGAUAACAAAAACUAGAAGCAGAACAUAUUUGAACACUUGUAUGAUAACGAAUAAAUAAUUGAAAACCACCAAAUUGAUAAUUGUAUCGGUUGACACACUUGUUUUCCUGUUAUGGCGUGUUGAGCAAACGAAACGCCACUACCAUACCGUCUACAUGCUUUUCGUCUUUCUAUUUUUGGUCGGUUUGUCUACACGUUUUCAUUUUGAGUAUUUGGUUUAUUUAAUAUCGAUCCUUUUCUCCAGUGCACUGGGUUGGAUUGGAAACAUUUGUCGAGUUCAUUAACUAUUAUUUAAUACUUAUGCCUUCUGCACGAAGUUAUGGGAUAGAACAAGGGAGGUGGUAUUUACAGAUCGAUUGUCUAAUCCUUAUCCACAACGAACGGAGGAUCCAUAAACGAAUAAAGAGCUCGAGGCUUUGUA